GCCAGGAGACCGUGGAAGCCACCCUCCAGAUACUCCAGAGUGCGGCUAUCAGAACGAACUAUGUGAAACUGACGUGGUUGCGAUUGUGGUAGGUGUUCUGGUUGCAAUUUUCGUGGUAAUGGCCAUCCUAUUCCUGUUGCUGGUCUUCAGGAAAUAUAAACAGUCGGAGAAACUCCGAGAGAGUAGUUGGCAAGUAGACUACAAUGAGAUUCACUUUCGCAAACAACGUGUGACGACCACUGGUAUUGGUGGACGCCCGGGAACGCAGCAGUCUGCCAGACCAAGCACCACCAGCUCAGGGGAGAGACGCAUGCAUCCAAGGAAACGUUUGGUUCGCUCGGAAACACGUGGGACGAUAGGUCUUGGCUCUCUCUGUAGUCUUGACAAAUCCCAACAAAUCUUUGCACCCAUUGGUCAAUAUAAGGGUCACCUCGUUGCAAUAAAAGGAAUGCGAAAAAAGGUUAUCAUAAACAAAGAAGCAAUCAGAGAGUUUAAAAUGCUUCGUGACCUGCAGCACGAGAACUUAAACCCCUUUAUUGGUGCGUGUGUGGAGCCGCCAAACCCGUGCAUCCUUACCCAGUACUGCACCAAGGGCAGUUUGCAGGACGUCAUAGAAAACGACGACAUAAAGCUGGACUUUAUGUUCAAAAUGUCGUUUGCUACAGACUUAGCAAAGGGGUUGGAGUUCUUACACAAAGUCCCCACUCGCUCACAUGGUAACCUUAAAUCCAGUAACUGCGUUAUAGACAGCAGGUGGGUCCUAAAGGUGACGGAUUACGGUGCACUCCAGGUGUAUAGAGAAGACAGCCAAGAUAUGGGAGAACACGAGUAUUUUACACGUCUCCUGUGGACAGCGCCAGAGCUGCUGCGAAUGGAGGACAGACCAGCGAAGGGUACCCAAAAAGGAGAUGUCUAUAGUUUUGCCAUCAUCUUCCAGGAGAUUAUGAUGAGAACUGGUCCUUACUAUUUCAAUGAUUUGUCACCUAAAGAUGUGAUAACGGCAGUUAUGGCCGGAGAGGAACCCCCGUACCGUCCCGAGGUAGUCCACGAUAUGGAGAUGAGACCCGAGACACAUAAGCUAAUGGAGAUGUGCUGGAGUGAGGAACCAGAGGCAAGGCCAGAUUUCCGCAUCGUCAGGAAGAAAUUAGUGGCAUUAAAUGGCGGAAAGCGUGUGAACAUAAUGGACAACAUGAUGAACAUGAUGGAAUCAUAUGCCAAUAAUCUCGAGGACCUUGUGGCAGAGAGAACGGAGGAAUUGGAAUUGGAGAAAGAAAAAACAGAUAUGCUGCUCUUCAGGAUGCUACCCCCAUCAGUGGCAGAGGCCUUAAAAAGAGGGGAGCCUGUAGAGCCAGAAACCUUUGACGGAGUUUCUAUCUUCUUCUCAGAUAUCGUAGGAUUUACUACUAUUGCUGCUAAGAGCAAUCCGUUACAGGUCGUUGACCUUCUGAAUGAUCUGUACACCUGCUUUGACUCUAUAAUUGAGACGCACGAUGUUUACAAGGUUGAGACUAUUGGUGACGCGUAUAUGUGCGUAAGCGGACUACCUCAGAGAAACGGCCCCAGACACGCUGGUGAAAUAGCCAAUCUUGCUUUAGAUCUCCUCAGUGCUGUUCUGAACUUUAAGAUUCGCCAUCUUCCCGAGGAACAGUUACAGCUCAGAGUUGGUCUCCAUACGGGUACUUGUGUGGCGGGUGUGGUGGGCACGGCAAUGCCAAGGUACUGUCUUUUUGGUGACACGGUCAAUAUGGCUUCCAGGAUGGAAUCUACGGGUAAAGCUUUGUGUAUUCAUAUGAGCAGCGCCAUGAACGAAGCACUUAUAAAUUUAGACUGGGAUUUCGAGACUGCAGAGCGAGGUGUAAUUGAAGUGAAGGGCAAAGGUUUGCAAACGACCUACUGGUUACUUGGAAAGAAAGGUUUUAACAAGCCAUUGCCGCCCCGAGAUUCAGUCGGAUCUGAGAGCACAAUGAGCAGCAUGGUUGACCUUAACUCCGCCAACAGUUCACCGGAAUAUGACGAACAGCCCCGAAAACUGUCAUCUGGCACGCGCAGUGCGCUGUCUGUGAGCGAUAACGCAGAGCUAAAAUCUCUCGCAGACAUCAGUCUUCACGGGAUCGGGCUAUCAACUGAAAACUUGAACGACAUUUCUUCGGAGCCACACAAACUUAAAACCAUGCAGUUUGAGAAAUGUAAAAUGAACCCUGACAAAGGGACUCCUCCAUUGUCUGCAAGACGGAGGUCUUCGACAGUAGCACCACCUGUACCAACUGGAAAUAAACCUAUGCCGAAACCUAUUCGGAAAACCGAGAACACAGAAAAUGGUAUAGCUGUGAAGCCCGUUCGCGGAAAGCCGAAAGUAGAUUUCAUUUUUGAUCUCCCAGAAAUAAAGAUAAAUUGA